AUGUCGAAGGAACCAGCGCCUGGAAAAACCAAGAAAAUCCGCAUAGACCCGCUGGAUGUGACUCGAAGUCUAGGGUAUCAAACUCAUAAGCUCAAGGCCCGAAAACCAUGGAGUAAGGAAGAAGAUGAUUUAUUGAGAAGUUGCGUAAUCACGCACCUUUUAAACAUGGGAUUCGAGAACGGAAUUGAGUCUGUAAAAACGAUACAGCAGUCGAAUGAAGCCUGUAAGAACAUGCCAUGGGACGAGAUCGCGACGAAGUUCGACAGAAAAGUGCGUAAACCAAAAGAUAUACGAAAACGCUGGGUCAGCUCCCUAGACCCGAACUUGCGCAAGGGAAAGUGGACCCCGGAGGAAGAUGAGCUUCUAAUGAAGUCCUUUGAAAAGUGGGGACCACAUUGGCUCAAAGUCUCUACCGAGAUUCCAGGCCGCACUGAAGAUCAAUGUGCCAAACGGUAUAUUGAAGUACUUGACCCUAGUACUAAAGACAGGCUGCGAGACUGGAGCUUACAGGAGGACUUGGCUUUGAUCAGCAAGGUCAAGGCGUAUGGCACAAGCUGGCGCCGAAUAUCGCUGGAAAUGGAAUCAAGACCGAGUUUGACUUGCCGUAACAGGUGGAGGAAAAUUAUAACAAUGAUAAUGAGGGGGAAAGCUUCUGAGGAAAUAACGAAGGCUGUUCAAGAAACAUCGCAAGCUCAGGAAGUUCAAUCAUUAGAUCAACUGCGAGAGAGCCUUCGUAUGAAGCUCGAAGAGAUGAGAGAUGAGAGUCCUCGGCUCGACGAAGGUCAGCCCUGUAUUGAAGACCAGCUCGAACCUCGGGGUGGUUUCAAAUCAGGGUCAUCUGUGUGCGGCACCUCCUCGGGGACACAAAGGUCCCCGUCAGACAACAACUCUUUAGAAAAAGGCCAGUCGCUCUUUGAAGAUUUUUCGGGAAACCAAUCGAGAGGCUUUGAGGAAAGAGAAUUUCGAGAAACAACACAGCAGCGUCAUCAAAGCCCGCAGGAACAGCAACAGUCAUUACAGCUACACCAACAACAGCAUCAGCAACUUCAGCCGCAAUUCCAAAAGCAGCAACAACAGCAACAACAACCACAACAGCAACCUCAACAACAACAACAACAGCAACAACAGCAGCAGCAGCAUCAACAACAACAACAACAGAAACAGCAAUCGCUCAACAAUAGAUUAAAUGAAAAACGGAAGCCCCAGUCGUCCGUUUUGGACUGGCGUUUUGCGCUUAACGACAACUUCGGUAAUAUAGUGUCGGAGGGGAUGGUAUCGAACUCUGACUUAGUAAGAGAGCUAAUCGAUCAAGCACGGAAAAAUUCUCUUUCGGUCUCAGUUCAUCAGCAUAUUCACAAUCAUUAUGGUACUGUGCCCUCAUCAUUAAGCACUCAGUCUCAGUCUCUGAGUGGAGAAAUACUUAGCCAAUUAUCACCGUUUGCAUUCUCUGGCGAUAGGACCGACAAGCUAUCUAAUGAUAGGGGCUUUGAUACAGACUUCUUAGGAAAAUCACCUAACUACGCAAGCUUGCCUUUAGACCCGCAGAACGAACCCGUGGCACAAAAUCGGGCACCUUCUCAAAAUUUUCCAGUUUUACCCAUGUAUACACAAAGGUCAGGUCCUACAAGUUCUGUUGGAUCCCGUUCGACCCCUGGCGCUGAACUUGAGGAUAUACCUCCACACCGGCAAUACCAUUUCAACUACCUUCCAGCUACUGUAAGGCCUCAAUUAGGGUCAUCAGAGGCUGGAAGAAGCCCUCAAGUGGGCAAGGUCUCAAACCGAAGCCCUGCUGCGCAGCCCAAAAGAAAAAAAAGGAGGAAGGGCAAAGACGGAUCUUCCGAAGGGAAUACUCCUAACGAAAAUUAUGGUUCCACAGGAACGACGCCUAGGGAAUCAGAAGUUUCUCCUUCGAACGAGCGGCAUUCAAAACAGGGCUCACUUUUAACUCCUGGCGGGGCAUCUGCUGCUGGCGAAGAGGAUGGCCUUGAUUUUUGGGAAAGUUUAAGGUCCCUCGCAUCAGUCCCAAGCAACGCUCGUAAUAACAUGAACGAAGGGCCUUUGGACGAGUAUGAUUACCUUUACAACUUUUACGAAGAACAGGCAGAAGUUUCUGGUGAAAACGAAAUUGUCAACAAGAAGCCAGCACCAAGCCAGCACCAGAUGAGCUCUAAUCAAAGCAUGAUGGGAUAUACUCCACAGGAUCCGGAUUUGAUUCAUAAGGGGCUACCAUACAAUCCCAGUUAG